AUGAGCGAAGAGGAAGAUAAUCAAUCCAAUAAUAUUUCGCUAGAACGAAAUACUGUAUCAGAAGAAUGUACAAAUAGUAUGAAUGAACGUACCAAAAAAAAAAAACUAGAUAAUAUAAUAAAUGAGGAAAAUAAUAAGAAGAUAAAAUUAAAUAAUAAUUGUUAUGAACAAGAUGAUGACGAAAAAAACUUAUUUGAUAAUAAUAAGAUAAAUGAAUAUAAUAUUCUUGAUAAAGAUAAUAAAAAUGUGGAUUCUAAUAUAACUAAUAAUAUAAAUCUAAAUAAGUGCAAUGUUAAGGUAGAAAAUAAUAUUUUAAAUAAUAUUACAAAUGUACAAAAUGAUAUAUUAUCUAAAGAAAAUAAUAAUAAUAAUGAUAAUAAUAAUUACAAUAAUAUUCAACCUACUACUCAUACAAGUGUCGUCACUAAUAAUGAGGACGAUUCAAUGAUUAACAAAUUGACCAAUCAAAAAUACAGUCAGAGAUAUCUACAACUUUUAGAAGAGAAAAAAAAGUUACCAGCAUGGAGUGCAAAAAAGAACUUUUUAAAAUUGCUCAAAAAAAAUAAUGUACUAAUUAUCGUUGGUGAUACAGGUAGUGGAAAAACAACACAAAUAUCUCAAUUCGUUUUAGAAUCAAAAUAUGCGGAAAAAAAAUCUAUAGCUGUUACACAACCAAGAAGGGUAGCAGCUAUGAGCGUAGCUGCGCGAGUAUCCGAAGAAUUAGAUGUUGAAUUAGGUACUUACGUUGGUUAUACCAUAAGAUUUGAAGAUAAAUCUAGUAAUAAAACUAUAAUAAAAUAUUUAACAGAUGGUAUGUUAUUAAGAGAAUCUAUGAGUGAUCCUCUGUUAACAAAAUAUAAUACUAUAAUAUUAGAUGAAGCACAUGAAAGGACAUUAGCUACGGAUAUAUUAUUUGGCGUCAUAAAAAAUAUUCAAGAAAAAAGAAAUGAUUUAAAAUUAAUAGUAAUGUCUGCAACAUUAGAUGCAGAAAAGUUUCAAAAAUUUUUUAAUAAUUCAAAAAUUUUAAAUAUACCAGGAAGAUUAUUUCCUGUGGAAAUAUUUUAUACUCUACAAGCUGAAAAAGAUUAUGUAAAGGUUGUAAUUAGGACAGUAUAUGAUAUACAUAUAAAUGAAGAAGAAGGAGAUAUUUUGGUUUUUUUAACGGGUGAAGAAGAAAUUGAAAUGACGAAAAAAGAAAUUGAAAGAGUUGUUUCAAGAAAUAUGAAUGCUGGUCAACUGGUUGUACUUCCUUUAUAUUCAUCUUUACCACCUGCACAACAGCAAAAAAUAUUUGAACCACCACCAAAACCUAGAUUUAAAGGUGAUAAAAAUGGACGAAAAUGUAUAUUAGCAACAAAUAUUGCAGAAACAUCUAUAACUAUUGAUGGUAUUGUCUAUGUAAUUGAUCCAGGUUUUUCAAAACAAAAAGUAUAUAAUCCUAGGGCUCGUAUUGAGUCCUUACUCAUUGCACCAAUAUCUAAAGCUUCUGCUCAACAAAGAGCUGGAAGAGCUGGUAGAACUAAACCAGGAAAAUGUUUUAGAUUAUAUACUGAAAAAUGUUUUGAAGAAACCUUACCAGAACAAACAUAUCCAGAAAUAUUAAGAUCGAAUUUAGGUUCAGUUGUAUUAAAUUUAAAGAAAUUAGGCAUCGAUGAUUUAGUUCAUUUUGAUUUUAUGGACCCGCCUGCUCCAGAAACAUUGAUGAGAGCAUUAGAACAAUUAAAUUAUUUGGGAGCUUUAGAUGACGAAGGAGAUUUAACAAACAAAGGACAUUUAAUGUCUGAAUUCCCUGUAGAUCCUCAGCUAGCGAAAGUGUUAAUUGAAUCCCCAAAUUAUUCAUGUUCUAGUGAAAUAUUAACUAUAGCUGCAAUGUUAUCUGUUCCUAAUUGUUUUCUAAGACCAAAGGUAAAGGUUAAAGAAGCAGAUGAAAUGAAAAUGAGAUUCUCACAUUUAGAUGGCGAUCAUUUAACUUUACUUAAUGUAUUUCAUGCAUAUGUAAAACAUGCACUUGUUGAUACAAAUGAAUCAAAGAAAUUUUGUUUUGAAUAUUUUUUAAAUCAUAGAGCUAUGACAUCGGCGCAAAAUGUAAGACAACAAUUAUUAAGAAUUAUGGAAAGAUUAAAUUUAAAAAUUCUUUCUAUUAAACCUUCAAACCCUGAAUAUUAUAUAAAUAUUAGGAAAGCCUUAUUAAGUGGAUUUUAUCAACAAGUAGCAUAUAAAACAAGUAAAGGAUAUUACAUUACUGUUAAAGAUAUACAAAUGGUGACCUUACACCCAUCUACCGUCUUUCAAAUGAAUCCAGAAUGGGUAGUAUAUCAUGAACUCUUAUUAACUAGUAAAAAUUUUAUAAGAACUGUAACAAAAAUUGAGGGGAAGUGGCUCCUAGAAAUAGCUCGAAAUUAUUAUAACUUAGAAGAUCUUCCGAAUAGUGAAGCAAAAAAUGAGCUGAAAAUGUUGCAUAAAAAAUUGAACCAUUGA